AUGAUUAGUUGUGUUUAUCCCUUUAUGGAUAGGUUAUAUAAGGAUGUCAGUGAGGAGUUUCUAUCUGGACUUAAGAGAUAUAUCAACGACGAGAUAUCGUACUCCGAGCUAGAGAGACUUUCUACCAGAGAAUCCCUUGCAUUCAACAGCCAUAAAUGGAACGAAGUUAUUGAGAAGAAGUCUCUUGAGGCUCUUGGAAUAAAGAGAAGGAUGUACGAUGAGAUCCUGCAGAUUGAGGAGCAUAUCAAAACGAUGGAGAAGCUGGAGAAGGGGGAAGAUUUUGAUGUCGACCUUGAGGGACUGUUGUCACAUUCUGGAAUUGUGGGACGGAAUAGAUCACAUCCCCCGGGAUAUGAAAACACCAGUCUGUACCUCCCACCAUUUCCCUCUCUACCGAUGGUGAGCUUUCUGAAUGACUCGGAGACAGAAAGUUCCGAAGAAGGUCGAAGGCUGCAGUAG